GCCGAGCUACCGAGGGUGAGAGGAGCCGGUAAAGCCGGUGGCAACAGAAGUUCGCUCCGUGCCAGCCGUCCAAGGCGGGACGGACGGCAGCCGGAGGCGGGGGGGCGCUCCCGCCUUCCUGCCUAAAGUUCCAAUUCUCUGCAUCAUGAUCUGUCACGAAGAAGCUGACACUGAAGAAACAGUGACUUGUCUCCACCUGACCUUUUACCAUCCUUGCCAAGAAGACAAGAUGAUGUUUCGGUGCUUGAACUUCUGUAAGCGAGAACAGGUCAGGGCAGAUGAGGUGGCCAAGUUUGGCCGCGACUCCACCAUCUGCCACUACAACCUGCUGGACGCCCGCGUUUCUCGCAUUCAGUUCUCACUGCAGUUCUACAGGAAGCUCAACAGCUCAGAAUCUUGUUUCGAGAUAAAGAACAUGAGCAAGAAAACAAAACUGAUGGUGGACAAAACAGAGCUGGGGUACUUAAACAAAAUUGACCUGCCCUGGAAGUGCAUCAUUUGUUUUGGGGACUACCAGAUCUUAGCAGAGACUCAAGAAGGGGAGGCCGUGGAUUAUUUUGAGACUCACUUACACUUGGCUGCAGUGCCAAUCUUGCAAGAAAGAUGCCUGCCAUCACUGCAGCCUAUACCAGAGAAUAGCUUUUCUUCUUCCUCCUUCUCCUCCCAAGGCAAAAACCCCAUAGAGAUUGAUGAAAAUGAGCCCUGCUAGCAGGGUGAAAGAGGCUGGAUCAGAUCUGGAUCAUCUGAAAACCAUUCAGCUUUCAUAAUGGAAGGCUGUCGUCUCAGUCCACUGUUCUUGAUAGUUCUCACCACUGCACAGCAGUCUUCCUUGAUGUUCUCAGCAGAGCCAUACCAGAACAUGCUUUUUCAACAGAAACAGACUCUGGCCACUCUUCACCAGGGUAUGCAUGCUCUCUGGUCUCCACCAUUUGCCUCAUAAAACAUGGGAGAUGGAAGGUCACUCAAAUCUCUGCAACAGACUCAAUUCAAGAACUGUGCCCGCAGACUUUGGAGGUAUAUUUAACAAGCAUUAAUACAGAGCAUGCAGAACAGUGUUCUAGCCUUUGGUUAACCAAGUAUGGCCAUAAUACCUUGCUGCAUUUGUUAUACUUUGUGCUUUGCUUUGGACAUGAAAUUGCCAGCAGUAUUUCCAGGCCUAGGCUGUAACUUCCUGAUUUUGAUGCACUUUAAGCCAUUUUAUGUUUUUAUUAACUUUACAAUAAGGUUUUUCUUCUAUUUUUAGGUUUAAUGAAGUUUUUAUUGCAAGUUAACUAUUUUUGUUUGUGAGUGUAACUAACCAUGCCAUGGUAUGUAAAAACCCAGAUUAGUUUUGUAAUAAAAGCAUUUGGUUGCCUAGUAAAGGUCUGCAACUACAAUCUAAAAGCACUUACGGUGAAUAAAAGUCUUUAGGACAAUCUAGCCAAGAAAUUUUCUCUGGCAGUGUUCUGAUCUCAAAGUGGCAUUGCUCCAAGA